AUGCCUGGCGGCGUAGUUGCUCCGCCCGAGUUGGUCGCGGCUUGGCAGACGGACGCAUAUCCCCACGGCAUCCGUGCCGAGCGCUCUCUUACCGUCAUCAGUCUCGUCUUCACGCCUAUCGCCUUUGUCGUUGUUCUCGCUAGAUUAUACGACCGCGCAUUCGUCAGGCGUAACGCUGGGCUCGAUGACCUUCUCAUGGUGGCUUCCCUUUUUCCGUUGACCGGACUCUGCAUAUGCACCAUUCUCUCAGAGCACCUAUACGGCUUCGAUCGCCACACCUGGGACCUGACCGUGGACCUGAUCGCGCCGAGCAGAAAGCUCGUCCUCUCCAUAUCCAUUCUCUCCCUCUCGACCUGCGGCCUCAUCAAGAUCUCCAUCCUCCUCUUCUACCGCCGCAUCGGAGCCGUCAAGCCCUGGUUCCGCACGACCAUCAACCUCAACAUCGGCUUCAUCGCCUGCUACACGCUCGCCUUCGCCCUCGCCCUCCCCUUCGAAUGCACCCCGAUCGCCGCCUACUGGCUCAAGGCCGACCCCCGCUGGACCGCCGCCCACCCGGACUACCGCUGCGUCGACGAAGGCGCCAAGCAGGUCAUCGCCGCCGCCCUCUCCGCCCUCCAAGACCUCACCGCCUGCGUCCUCCCCAUGGCGCUCUUCUGGGACCUGCGCAUCUCGCCCCGCUCCAAGCUCGCCCUGUCCUUUGUGUUUGGCUUGGGAAUCUUCACAUGCGCCUGCGCCCUCCUCCGCACCGCCAAGCUCCACCACGUCUUCUACGCCACCUACGACGUCACCUGGGCCGCGCGCUGGGUCUUCGCCCUCACCCUCGUCGAGGCCUGCCUGGGCGCCGUUAUCUGGGGCGUUUGGGUGUGGGGAAGGAAGGAGGAGGACUGGAAGAAGUGGAAGUGGUAG